UGGGCCAUGGCAAUCAUGCUGGGAGCUGUGUGUCUCACUGUGCUGCUGGGUUAUGCCUCUGGAUGCGGCCAGCCAGCCGUGCCACCCCUGCUGGACACCCGGGUGGUGGGUGGUGAAGAUGCCCGGGCCCACAGCUGGCCAUGGCAGAUCUCCCUGCAGUACAACCGCUCUGGGGAAUGGCGUCACACCUGUGGGGGGACCCUCAUUGCCUCCAGCUGGGUGCUGACAGCCGCACACUGCAUCAGCUUUAGCCAGACCUACCGUGUGGUUUUGGGCAAGCAGGACCUGUCCGUGGAGGAUGAGCCCGGCUCGUUGGCUGUUGGUGUGGAGAAGUUGAUUGUACAUGAGAAAUGGAAUUCCUUCCUGAUUCUCAAUGACAUUGCCCUCAUCAAGCUGGACCAGGAGGUGAAGGAGACUGAGACCAUUCAGCCUGCCUGCCUGCCACCCGCUGGAUUGACCCUGGAGAACAACUACCCUUGCUAUGUCACUGGCUGGGGACGCCUCCAGACAAAUGGUCCCCUGCCUGACAUCCUGCAGCAGGCUCUGCUGCCCGUGGUGGACCACCAGACCUGCAGCAAGCGUGACUGGUGGGGCAGCACGGUGAAGACCACCAUGGUGUGUGCUGGUGGGGAUGGCAUCGUCUCUGGCUGCAACGGUGAUUCAGGGGGGCCCCUGAACUGCCAACGGGAGGGGCUGUGGGAGGUGGAUGGCAUCGUCAGCUUUGGCUCUGGCUGGAGCUGCAACUUGGCCAAGAAACCGACGGUCUUCACACGGGUGUCUGCCUACAUUGACUGGAUCAACAGGAAAAUCAGUGAGAACUGAAGACGUGGCACAUUGGUCAACACAUCUUCACGGUGAUAAAGACAGAAGUGCUGAGAUGG